UUUGGCUCUUGUCUCCUCCCCCCACUCCCCACCCCCUCAGCCCUGUGUGAGAUGUUGGGUUUCUUCUGCAUGAGACAUUGUUGAGAAGUCGCAGUGGUUGGAGAGGCUUAGGGGGCAGACUCCCUCUACCUCCACUCCCUCCCCCUCUAUUUUCUCUCUGGGAGGAGGAGGAGGGGAAGGGGGGUUUGCAGAACAAGCGAUGGAUGAGGAAAACAUGACGAAAACCGAGGAGCAGCAACCUCUGAGUUUGCAAAAAGCCUUACAGCAGUGCGAGUUGGUCCAAAACAUGAUAGACUUGAGCAUCUCCAACCUGGAAGGGCUUAGGACCAAAUGUGCUACCUCCAACGACCUCACACAAAAAGAAAUCCGGACUCUGGAGAGCAAGCUGGUGAAGUACUUCAGCCGUCAGCUGUCCUGCAAAAAGAAGGUGGCCCUGCAGGAACGCAACGCCGAGCUGGAUGGCUUCCCCCAGCUCCGGCACUGGUUCCGGAUCGUGGAUGUGCGCAAGGAAGUCCUGGAGGAAAUCUCUCCGGGUCAGCUGAGCCUGGAGGACCUCCUGGAGAUGACCGACGAGCAGGUGUGUGAGACGGUGGAGAAGUACGGAGCCAACCAGGAAGAGUGCGCCCGCCUCAACGCCUCCCUCUCCUGCCUCAGGAACGUGCACAUGUCAGGGGGCAACCUUUCCAAGCAAGACUGGAUCAUCCAGUGGCCCACCACGGAGACGGGGAAGGAGAACAGUCCCGUGUGUCCCCCAGAGCCCACGCCGUGGAUCCGCACCCACCUCUCCCAGAGCCCCCGAGUCCAGUCCAAGUGCGGGCAGCACUACUGUCACACCAGCCCCACGCCCGGGGCCCCUGUGUACACCCAUGUGGACAGACUCACAGUGGAGACCUACCCGGGCUUGUGCCCGCCCCCGCCCCUGGAGUCGGGCCACCGGUCCCUGCCCCCAUCACCCCGGCAGCGGCACGCAGUCCGCACCCCACCGCGAACCCCAAAUAUCGUCACCACAGUGACCCCACCAGGCACACCGCCCACGAGGAGGAAGAACAAACUGAAGCCCCCCGGUACCCCGCCGCCCUCCUCUCGGAAGCUGAUCCACUUGAUCCCAGGGUUCACCGCCCUGCACCGGAGCAAGUCGCACGAGUUCCAGCUGGGUCACCGCGUGGAUGAGGCCCACACGCCCAAAGCCAAAAAGAAGAGCAAACCCUUGAACCUCAAGAUCCACAGCAGCGUGGGCAGCUGCGAGAACAUCCCUUCCCAGCAGCGCUCGCCGCUCCUGUCCGAGCGCUCCCUGCGCUCCUUCGUGGGACACGCGCCCUUUCUGCCCUCCACCCCGCCCGUCCACACCCACAGCGAGGCCAACUUCUCCGCAAACACACUGUCAGUGCCACGCUGGUCCCCACAGAUCCCUCGCAGAGACCUCGGCAACUCCAUCAAGCACAGGUUUUCCACCAAGUACUGGAUGUCUCAAACGUGCACAGUGUGUGGGAAAGGGAUGCUUUUUGGCCUCAAGUGUAAAAACUGCAAGUUAAAGUGCCACAACAAAUGCACCAAAGAAGCCCCACCCUGCCAUCUCCUGAUCAUCCACCGAGGAGACCCAGCAAGGUUAGUCCGGACAGAGUCGGUCCCAUGUGACAUCAACAAUCCUGUACGGAAGCCACCCCGGUAUUCGGACCUGCACAUCAGCCAGACGCUCCCCAAAACCAACAAAAUCAACAAGGACCACAUCCCUGUCCCGUACCAGCCAGACUCCAGCAGCAACCCCUCAUCCACGACAUCCUCCACGCCUUCCUCACCAGCACCCCCGCUCCCGCCCAGUGCCACGCCGCCUUCUCCCCUCCACCCCUCCCCUCAGUGCACCAGGCAGCAGAAGAACUUCAGCCUGCCAGCACCCCACUACUACAAAUACAAGCAGCAGUUCAUCUUCCCAGAUGUGGUGCCGGUGCCAGAGACGCCGACCCGGGCGCCCCAGGUCAUCCUGCAUCCGGUGACCUCGAAUCCAAUCUUGGAAGGAAAUCCAUUACUUCAAAUUGAAGUGGAGCCAACCUCGGAGAAUGAGGAGGGCCACGACGAAGCCGAGGAGUCAGAGGAUGACUUCGAGGAGAUGAAUCUGUCCCUCCUCUCAGCCCGGAGCUUCCCCCGCAAGGCCAGCCAGACCAGCAUCUUCCUUCAGGAGUGGGACAUCCCCUUUGAGCAGCUGGAGAUUGGCGAACUCAUCGGGAAGGGCCGCUUCGGGCAGGUGUACCACGGCCGCUGGCACGGCGAGGUGGCCAUCCGGCUGAUUGACAUCGAGAGGGACAACGAGGACCAGCUGAAGGCCUUCAAGCGGGAGGUGAUGGCCUACCGGCAGACGCGACAUGAAAAUGUCGUGCUCUUCAUGGGCGCCUGCAUGAGCCCGCCCCACCUGGCCAUCAUCACCAGCCUCUGUAAGGGACGGACACUCUACUCUGUGGUGAGAGACGCCAAGAUUGUGUUGGAUGUCAACAAAACCAGGCAGAUUGCCCAAGAAAUUGUGAAGGGCAUGGGCUACCUGCAUGCCAAGGGAAUACUUCACAAGGACCUCAAGUCAAAGAAUGUCUUCUACGACAAUGGCAAAGUGGUCAUCACAGACUUUGGGCUCUUCAGCAUUUCCGGGGUGCUGCAAGCUGGCAGGAGGGAGGACAAACUGCGCAUCCAGAACGGCUGGCUGUGCCACCUGGCACCAGAGAUCAUCCGCCAGCUGUCCCCCGACACGGAGGAGGACAAGCUACCCUUCUCCAAGCACUCUGAUGUCUUUGCCCUUGGCACAAUCUGGUAUGAACUCCACGCCAGGGAGUGGCCUUUCAAGACGCAACCAGCGGAGGCGAUAAUCUGGCAGAUGGGCACAGGGAUGAAACCCAACCUUAGUCAGAUCGGCAUGGGAAAAGAAAUCUCGGAUAUUCUUCUCUUCUGCUGGGCCUUUGAACAAGAAGAGAGGCCCACCUUCACCAAGCUCAUGGACAUGCUGGAGAAACUGCCAAAGCGAAACCGGCGCCUGUCUCACCCCGGACAUUUCUGGAAGUCUGCAGAGCUGUGACCGUGGGACAGUCGCCUCAGCUCCGAGCCACCUCUCCUUCCCUGCUCUGCCCUCUGCCAGCUCAGGAGGCCAGAGGCUCACCGUCAGAGGGUCCCCACCGGGCCGCUGGGGCCACUGCACACCCGGCGCAGGGGCUGCCCCGCACGCACCCCAGGCUUGCGCCCUUUUUCUCAGGCAAGAGUCAGGAACCCCGAGCUAGGACCGAACUGGAUCAGUGAGGACGACACAGGAUUGAUGAGUGAGGCCCUGGUGGGGGGACAAGAGAAACGCAAGCUGACAGCGGAGCUCCAAGCUGUGCAGAUGAUGGCAGGAGACCUCUUGGUCAGCCUCGCAGGACCGUUUGUGUGCGCAUGCAUCACCGUGCUUGGACAAGCAGGGGCCACACUGCCCCGGCCCUCGAGUGUCCCUGCCUGCUUUUGUCUCUGCGGGAAAGAAGCACCAGCUCUGUCGAGGUGGGGAGGAAGGGUUGGCUAAAGCUCAUUCCUUUGGAAAUGUCUGUUUUCAGCGGCCCCAGCCCGAGGUGACAGCGGUUUGUGGCAUUUUGUCUGUAGCUCAGGAAGGCAGCAGAAGAGUUCUGCACGUCUUUUGAGCUCUGAGUCUCAGGGGUACCAGUUCCUGGGUUCACCUUUGCCUGCUGUUCCUCAAAAGUGUCAUCCUGUCCUCUCACUGCCCCGCCCUCCUUUUGCCAUUUGGAAGGCACGAUGGCUUCCCAGCCAAAAUGACUUCUGGGGUUCACUACAGCUCCAUCAUUCAUGAUCCCCUCCUGAAGUCUGGGCCCCGAGGACCAGGGCUCUGGGGAAGGAGUUGCAGUCCGUCCCUUCCCCUCCCUCUUUGGCCCUGACAGUAGAGUUGGUCCCCAUGGUGAUGGAUAUGGGUCCCUGGGAUGUGACGUGCUGGGUUACAGGAUGGGACCCAUAAUAACCCUAUUUGUGAAGGGCUCCUCCGCCUCUCAUCCUUGGUUUUGGGGAAGUAAGGGAGGGUAGGUGUUUGAAGCCCUGCAUUCUCCGUGCUAGCCGAGUUCCAAGUCCCCAAGUGGCUUGUUCAGGGUCCCCAGCCCCCUCUCCUCCCCCACCCCACCACCCCUCUCCUGGUUUAUCAGCUGGGCUGGUGGCUCCCACUGUCCCGUGUGAAGGCUGCUGUGAGCAGAUUGGAUGAGGAUACUGCGUCCAUUUCCCAAAUCCCUGACCCCACUGAUCAGACCCUGCAUAAAAGGAAAAUUCAUCCCCAAAGAGAGCAAUAGCAGAGGCAGCUGAGCAGCUGAAAGGAUGCCCAUGCCCCCCUGGACUUCCUGGGUGCCACUGGCCUUGUCAUCUUAGAGCUGACAUCUGAUCCAGGCAGCUCCCUCCCAGAGAGAGGAACUGAGACUUCAGAACCCUACUUGUGCUGAUUCAGAAUUCAACCAGACAUACAUCUGGGGGUCUGCCCCACUCUGGGUGGCCCCAGACUGGUCCAUGCUCUGGGGACCUCGCUGAUUGCAAGCCAGGAAAAAUGCUGAGGGAAAUCAUGUUUCCCAAGAGCUGGACCCCAGGGAGACCCUGAAGUCCCUACAUUGUUCUUUCCAGUGAUCCCACCUGUUUGGGACCUGAGGACUCAAAGCCCCAGUUGGACAGUUCCUAAAUGGAUAUUCUUUUUCUAGGGACAUGUAUACCCCUGUGGUCCUUGGCUUGGGAUUAGGGUAGUUUGGAGAAGGUUGCCCCAACCUUGUGACUUUUUCAGGGGUCCCCACGGCUCUGGUGUUGCUGGAAUCAGCUCUUAUAGGCCGGGUCUCCCCAUUGGAUAAGUUCCCCUCUGGACCACGCCUGAGCUGGGCUUGGUCUUUCCUUGACUCUGGCUGCAGCCUGCUGAGUUCCACAGUUCAGUCUUUGAGAGGAAGCAAGAAAGAGAGCGGUGGCCAGUGUUCAGCCACUCUGAAGCCAAAUUGCCCACAAAAACCUAAACCGCCUCUCCUCGUUUCCACUCUCUGCACUACAGUGGCCCAUCACAGCCUUUAGCAAGGCCCGGUGAGAUCUCCAACGGAUGACAUUUCCAUGUGCCCAUGGGGCGCAUGCUCUUUGGGUUAAGGACAGGGAUGGGUGACACAGGGAGAAGCCCCAUCCUGACCUCCUCUUCCUGGGGCGUCUCUGCUCUAUAGACCAGGGUUCCUGGGGUCUAUCCCUGGCUCCUGUGCCACCUCUUCUUGCUCUUUCUUCUGCUUGUAUGCUCUGCCCCCAUCUGCCAGGAUCUCUGCUGCAACCACCGGGCACAUCUGGGCAUCCUCUCGGACCCCUCUCCCACGCCAGCUGUAUCGCCAAAGCUUAGAGUGGCUCCUUUACUUUGUAUGCAUUUAAGUCCUAGGAAAACCAAACCACUCCUUUCCCUGCUGGCCUCAAUCUACUCAUUGGGGUGGGGUGGGGGACCUCAAAUCAUUCAUCCUUUGCAAAGAGAAAGACAAAAGAGGGCGCUAUACAUGUCUCCAUCCUACUGCCAACCUGUCUUGCAACUUGAAUAUCUGUACAGUCCACUGGGUGAAGGUACAUGUGUGUGUUAGUGACACGAGUCACCCACUUGACAGAGGGUUGUUCCUGUCUGUGUCCCAAGUUCAGCAAACUCUCCUUUAGACAGGCUCCCCAACAGAGCCGACCCACAGAGUAAGAGUCACCUGAAGGCCUUGACCUCUGAGAGAAACACCUUUUGCUUUCUAAAACAUGUGGACUUGCCCCCUGAAUUCCACCCAUUCCUCUGGCCCACAGGUCUCUCCUCUUGUGGGGAUGUCCUCUGGUUUCCCCAUCCCCAGAGCCAAACUGUUGUUUUGUUUUUUGAUUUUUCCUCUUACUGCUCAAAGAGAAAAGCAUCUGAUCUUGCCAGAGAGUUCCCUCCUCUUUCCCAUCACAUCCACCUUGGCCUCUUCAGCCAGUGGAAGCCCUUGAUUGACAUCAGCAGCCAGAUAAUGAACCUGGUGAACUUGGUCCUUCUCCUUCCCCACCUCUACCCCAUGAUCGCACACCACAGCCCCAAACACACGGGAAUCCAGACUCUCUUCACGUCCCAAGCCUGGUGCCCACCAUCAGAGAUGCACAGAAGAAAGGGCCAAACUCAGCCCCAAUAAUCACUAUCUUGAGACAUCCAGAGCUGAGAUUCUCCUGUUACGUCCUGAGGGCCAUGCCCUGCCCACCAAAGGCUUUUUACUUGGAUCUCACUGGAGAGGAAAAUCAGAAGAAAAAGGUUAUCUCAUGACUUGGAGAAAUUCUGUGAAAUUCCAAGUUCAUUUCCCUACCCAGAAUCGCACAGGGACACACCUGUUCCUUGCAUGUCAUCCGUGGCCGCUUUGUGUCACAGUGAUGGAGCUGUUUGCAGCAGAGACAAGGCCGCUCAUGAAGCCUAAAAUAUUUGCCAGCCUCUGAUAGAAAGGACUUAUAAGAGAAUAACUUCACUAGUGUGUGGCUCCAGAGGAGGGACAGGAGUAAGGGGAGGGCUGUCUCACUCCUAAGGUACGGGGAGCUCCCAGGGAGGCGACGGCUCCCUUCCUGGGCCAGAUGUGAGCAGAUGUGGCCACAUGGCAUGUAUGAUAGGCAGAAAUUCAAGCCCUGCAGGCUUUGUGAAUGAGUUGGGCUUUAGGACCACAUCGCUUUGCUCGGGCUGCUGUGAUGAUAGAACACACACCGAGUGGUUUAAAUAACAGACUUUUCCCUUUUGCAGUUCUUGAGGCUGCAAGUUCAAGGUCAAGGAUUUAGGGCUGCCUCCCGGGAGGCCUCUCUCCUGGGCUUGCACACAGCUGCCUCUCCCUGUGACUUUACAUCUGUGGUGUCUCGUUUUUUAUGAGGAUUAAGGCUCCACCUCUUUGACCUGAUUCAACUUAACUCUUUAGAGUCUGUCCCCUACUGUGCCAUUAGGGAUCUGGAUGUGUGAACACGGAACUGAACAGGUUUCCAUCUCUUAGAACAGCCCUUGGGAUUUCUAACUCUAAAUUUUUUUUUCACUGCUAGAGAUUAAACCCAGGGCCUUUGCAUUGAGCCCCAUGCCCAGUACUGUUUAUUGUUUUGUUUCCUUUUCUUUUUGAGACAGAGUCCAGAGUCCUAAGUUACCCAGGCUAGGCUCAAAUCUGCAAUACUUGUGCCUCAGCCUCCCAGAGUGCAGGGAUGAUAGGCGUGCACCAUCAUGCCUGGUUAAGGAUCUGGAUUUAAAGAGCCUUUUGGGACAACACUCCCCUCUGUGGUUUGCUUUCCCACACUGGUCUCCACAUUGCAUCGCCAAAUACACCCCCCUUGUCCAAGCAUGCCAUCAGCACACUCAAGCCCACUCCUCUCUGUAUCAGCUUCCUGCAGCUGCUGUAACAAAAUCACUGCACAUUGCAUUGUGUGGCCAGAGUGUAUUUUCUCAUGGCUUUGGCCAGAAGUCCAAAAGCAAAGUAUGAACCGGGCUGUGGCUCUAACCCCUGCAGGGAUGGGCAUCUUCCCUGCCUCCCCUUCCUUCUGACGGGUGCUGGAAAACUUUGGCACUUUGUGUGGUGCCACCUCACUCUCCUCUCCAUCCUUGCCUACCAGCCUCCCUGUGUCUCUGUCUUUACUGGCUGCCAUCCUACAAGGAUGCCAGUCACGUUGGAUUAGAGGCCAUCACCCUAACUGUAUCCACAGUGACUCUGCAGAUCACAUUCUGAGGUCCCAAUGGUUAGGGUUCAGCACGACUUUUUUUAGAGAGGUGGCUGGGAGAGCAGUCUGCUCUCGGGAGCUUUCUCUGGUGCCCUGCCAGGUCACCUUAGUCCCGUCAUGACAGGCCCUUGGUCCCCCAGAUCCUGGAUUUCCCCAGGACCCAUGGGAUGCAAGGGUCAGGCCGCCAGUGUCUGCUUCUCAAACCACUCCUGAAAGUACUUAACAUCCCAAAUCCCAGCAGCUGCAGGUGUCAGCUCCUUGUGGGAAGGUGGGUGGCCUGCAUGUGCAUAGUUCAUCUGCAGAGGGACAGUCACUUGAGGGCAUGUCACGGCAUAAUCUAUAGGUGUUGGCGGCAUGAGUCUGAUUUCAUUUAUACGCUUGCUCAGGGACAGAGCAGCGACCCUGGCGAGCCUGGCUUUUGUUCCUUCCUUCUUUGACUUUGCCUGGGAACUUUCCUGGUAGUCUCCUGGGGACACACUUCCUGGGAUCCAGUGUCGCUUCAUCCGUCCCAGCUACCUUCACCUGCACCCAGCAGUAAGGAAACAACCCUAUACUCCAAGGGAACAAGAAGCUACGAAUAUCAGGCUGGGCCACAGAAUGUGGAAGCCACCAGAGCCUCUUUCCUCUGAUCAGUGCACCUGAUUAGGCACAAGUCACUGGCUCCUUCGCAAGCCCUAUAACCCCUACCAGUCCUUAGUUACCUGCUAAAUGGGGACAGGAAGCUGGUGGAAGACUGCAGUCCCACUGACAUCCUGCCUUGUCUUUGUGCCAGCUCCUGGUACAGUGCCUGGCACAGAGUAGGUGUUCAAUAGAUGUUUCCAGACUGCAGAGAGGUAGAGGUUCUGGGUAGGAGCAUAGGCUCAAACUUGAAAUUCUGCUGGCUCAGCCUCCUAGUGACCACAGGUGGUCCCAGGACUCUGUUGGCAGGGCUUGGUGACACUGAAGUACCAUCUCUGCUGUGCGUGUCAUGUCUCCCUUCCAGAUGCGUUCAUCAGGAUUAACAAAUGUGACGUGUGGAAGCCCAUAGGUCAGGGCUCUGGGAGGUCUGGAAGACAGAAUAACUUCCCAGCUCUGAAAGUUGCUGUUCACUGAAGACCUAUCAUGUGCCAAGUGGAAUCCCCAAGCCAGUCCUGGGAGGCAGGUACUUUUGUCCUCAUUUUAAUAGAACAGCGGUGGAGACAUAAACCAACCCAUGGAAUUGUGGAGCUGACAUUUUAAAAACGAGUCCUUAGGCUCUUCCACUCCUAAGAACUCAGCCAUGUCAAGUGCUUCAUGCCCUGUCACCCGCUGGGGUGUCACGGUCCCUGCCUCUGAGGCUGAUUCCCAGCUAGUAACCUGCAGAGAGGGAGGAGAGACAGGAAAUCGUGGAAGGGAGGAUGUGGGGUGCCUACUUGUGUUCCCAGACAGCCAGGCUGCCAGCAGUUGCUCGGAUUUUCAGGAAACAUUCAUUUGCCAACCCGCGCCCUUCAAGAAGCCCACACUUUCCGCCCCACCCUCCCUUCCCUUCAUGCCCUUUAACAUUUAACUGUGGUUCUGGGUUUCCAGAAAGCUGACCAGUGAAAGGACUUCUCUCUUGGGUGGGCAAGGUCCUUCCUCCUGUUAUCAGUGGGAUCAUUCAGCCCUUUCCUGAUACCCCUUCCCUGACACCCAAAACAUGAAGGAUUCAUCUUGUGGGGUUGAGAGAAGGGUGUCCCUUCACUGAGGACUGAGCUGGAGGAAAUGGGCUUUGCCUAGAGUGUGCCUGAUCUAUGUAAGAUCUUGUUUGCCAAAUACGCCUCACAGAUCAGUACUUCCUUGGGUGACUAGUUGACACUGAGCCACUGAAUGGAUCCUGGGAUGACUGUGCAUUAGAAGUGUUUAGAGAUAACAAGAGGAAACUUGUUUUUUGAUUGCAAGACUUACCAGAGCUUUAAAGACACUAUUGUGUGGUUGAAUUUCUAAAAGACCAAUGGAUGCACACUCUUCCAGGCUGGUUUCUUAGUGCCCCAACAAGGACAACCUUGUGACUUCAGCUUAAUUCCUCACCUGAUACUCAAAGAGCAAGUCUCCAUGUUCUGGCUCAUAGAGAACAGGAGCUGGCCACUAGCAUUUAAAGGCCACCUCCCUAGAGAACAGAAAGGUACUCAGGCCCCAUCCUUCCCUGACUCCCCAGAGAGUGGCAUGGAGCUGGACUAGAGAUGGAGGUGGGGGUCACUGGCCACAGCCGCUCCUGGAUUCCCACUCACUGCCAGUAGGAAAAGCAGAGCCCCAGAAGGGAACUAAGGAAGGCAAAUAUGUAACUUCUGCCCCUGAUGCUGCAGCCUGUGCUCUAAGCCGACAUUACUAAUUGAUCACAGCACACCUUCCCACCAAUCGCAGACUCAGCCAUGGGAAAUGAGAGGACACACGUGACCAUCUCUGGUCUCACACUCCCUUCCCUGUACAGCAGCAGGGUCUGAAGACCAGACAGGUCCUUUCUAAGGGACAGAGGUUGGUUUAAAAUUCAGGCCUCAGAAACUUCUAGAACCCCAGUCCUUCAAACUGUUACUUGUACACAGUCCAUCAGAGCCUUAUAGACGAUUCAGUCAGGGAACUUGGGAAAUGCACAAAGAUUCUAUUCCUAAGCGCCCAAGUCAGAUUUUAUCUGGUAAUCUGCCUGGAGAGAAUCAUCUAUUCUCCAGGAUGGCUCCCCACCAGGCCUCAAUGCUACCCCCAGCCACAUAACAGCUGGGCUGGGAGCCUGACAUCCGUGGGCCCCGAGGAAAGAUGGUGUCCUGUGCACGGUGGCGGGGGGCACUGUUCUGAGGCAGUUUGUCAGAGUUCUAGAGUUCAGUCGGGGCCUCCGGGCACUCAGAUGUGCUGCAGAGAACGUUGAGGGUAAGGAAUGUACACUUCGAUCUUUUUCUGCCCUGUAUGCAAAGUUCAGAAUCCAGUUUUCACCCACACAGCUUCUGGGGUCCUGGCGGGCCGGCGGCUCCACUUGGGAGCUCUUGAAAUGCUCUUGCCACCAGCUUAGUGGCGGCAAGGAGCGUGGGCUGCCUGUUUCCUUUCUCCCUUCGCCACCCCCACCGGCCACCUCCUGCCUGAUACCAUCUCCCCCAGGCCAGGGGCCCAGGAGAAAGUCACACAAUAGUACAGAUGAAAAAUAGCUGCCCUGUGUUUAGCUUAAAUUAGCUCAGGGGAGCGGCUCCCUCCUGUCACGGAGAGGGCCGCUAUUGUUUAUGCCAACGUGAUGUUUGCAUCGUGGCUUCUUAGAUUUGAAAGUCUCGAAUGAUUAAAUACAAAUCUUAGUUUUUCUUUUCCUCCAUUUAAAAAAAUAACAAUGCCAGCUUGGCUAGUUCUUCUCGUUUAAAAAUACCCUGACCUCCUGUGCUACAUUCAGGGCUCCAGACACUCUGGAGGGAGGAUACUGGGGAGAAAGCGUGGCUCGCAGUGUCUUGGGAGUGGCUGCUGAGGGACUGCUGUGGUGUGAGGGGCUCUGUGUCCUCACAUAAACGUCAGUGAUUAAGUUGGGUUCUGUGGGUAGAUUUCUCCAUAGCCAUGCAGGCCUUGGGUGACUUACUGAGCACUUACUAUAUGUUAGACUCUGCACAUUGAGUGCUGAGUGAUACCCAGCCUCUGAAGCUCAGAGCCCGAGGCAGGAGAGAGAUAAGAAACAGCCAACCACAGAUCUAUAGAUUGGCAACAUGCAUAGAUCUGUAAAAAGAAAACUUACAAGGGGCCAGGAAGAUGGUGGUGCAGGGUUAGGGCGGGUAGCUACUGGCUUAGUUUUUGUGGAGAGGUGACAUUUAAAUCAAGAUCUAAAGAAAGAGAAGGAGGAAGGGAUGAUGGUCAUUCUGAGCCAGGGGUUUACAACCUCAGCGCUGUUGACACAGGGUCCAGAUGUGUCUCUGUGGCAGGGACUGUCUGGGCAUUGUGGGAUAUAGAACAGCAGCCCUGGCCUCCGUCCAUCAGAUGCUAGUGACAUCCCCAGCCCUGUGACAUCCAAAACUGUGUGCAGACACUGCCCGAUGUCCUUUGGGUUGUCUCUUUGGACACAGUACUAGAAUUGAAAUGUGGUGACCUGCCACCUGCAGCUUUUGGGAAACAGGAAGACUCAAAGAGGGGGUACCUGGAGCGGGGGGGACACUGAGAGCAGUCGUUUGAGGGCCAAGUUAGCCAGGAGAACGUGGCCUUUGUUUCACCAUUGGCCUGCACAGGGCAAGGGCUGGGUCCCCAGGGCGUCACUCCCCCAGCCAGGGGUGUCCUAGGAAGGAUUCUUCUUAGUAAACUGAACCCUUGAGACGUGUGUUAGGAAGCCAUAGUGCUGCUCUCUGGGGCUUCUCAGGGGAGUCUCCCCAGCACCCUAGGAUGGAGGGGUCCCCAGGUAGCUGAGAACAUUUUCCACCAGCUUUCCAGUCCCCGGUGAGCUAUGGAGGAGACAUUCAGGCCAGGCCAGUAGCACUGCCCCUGGUGGAGACAAAGUCACAAAAAAACACCAUCUGGAUGAGAUGUGCCACUCUAUCUUGUCCCCCGUGGCUGACCCAGGGGUGACGGCAGGUGGUAGGUAUGGGUCAUCUCUAUAGGCCCUGCUGUGACACCCCUAGAAUCAGACCCCAGAGGAUCCCCGGAGGCAAAAGAUUGGAAGGAGAGGCUGGGUAUCCCAAAGGGCUGGGGCUUGGGAAGUUGCUUUGGGAAACGGGGACAGUCAAGCACCUUCUAGGAGGAGGCUGGUCGCCUGGAGCCCUGAGCCCUGUCUCCUGAUGGGGCCAACCUCUCCCCCACUCCGCAGCCCGCCCCAGGUGGGGUUCUGGACAAUUUCACCUAUAUGAAUCUUGGACAAUUAAUGCAAUGCAUUGGUCCUUGAGAUCCUAGUCGUUUCCCUCUAUUUUUCUACCUGUGUUGCAAAUACCACUUUAAUAACUUUUUAAUGGGUACAUAUGAACUUGUAUAAGUUCAAGUAACUGCUACGUAGCUACAGUGUAGACACCUGGGUACUCUAACGUGCUUGUCCGAGGCCCCCAUGCUGGUCCCCUUCCCCCACCCUCAACCAGCCUCCUAGGGAGAGGACGCAGCUAGUGUGGGCUGCCUUGGCCAGGCCUGAGCACGGUUAUGCAAUGCACGAGUCCCUCCCCCACCUCUCUCCCUCCUCCUGGCAUUCGUCUCUCGCCAAGCUGAUCAUCAGGAAUAAAUCCUCAAAAAGCCCCCAGCCUCAGCGCCCAGACGCUAGGUGCCCCAUUGGUAUUUCAGGCCCAGCCUCUCAUGGCACUUGUAAGCUGCCACCCAGCUGGCUCUCUGCUGCCUCAGACUUCCCACACCCCAACGGCUGGCCCUUGUCCCAUGAGGGAUGCCCGUGUUCCCUGACCCCCUAGUCCCACCCCAGCUCCUAUAUCUGGCCUGUUGGUGCACUGACGGAUACUAAGGAACUCUUCCCUGUGUACCAAGAGUGAAUGUCGUCAGCCACAGUUACUACAUCAUCCUCAGAGCCCCACAGCGGGCAACCCUGUCCCUUUGUUCCCCAAGACUUCAUUUCAUAUAGUCAAUCAAGUGCCUCCUGUGUGGCCAGAAAAAUAAGGAAGGAAAGAUCUCUGCCUCAGCUUCCUGGGUCCAGAGUUCCAGUUAAAGGCAUCCCAGUGGGGUCGAGAGGCCCCUUGAGGAAGGCUUUUCAGAAGAGGCAACUUCUGGAUGUCACCUGAAGUGUGAACAGAAUGGAAGAAAGUAGGGAACAGUGCGUAAGAGGAAGGAACAGUCUAUGUGCAGACUCGGGCAAGAGUAUGAUUGACAUUUUCUGGUCCCCACUUUCCCCAAGUGGAUGCUGGGACCUGGAAGACUCAAUCCCUAAGAGGAAAGUGCUCAGGCCUAGACAUGAAGCGCUCAGCUUCUCAGCCCGUCAUGCUCUGGCUUCCGCUUAGCCUCAGUGCCCGGGGUGGGAGAUGCCCAAGGGAGGGUUAGUGUUUGCUAGAGUUCAGGCCAUUCCUCCCUACAUCUCUCGCUGGUCCUGCUGACCUCUCCCCCUUUGACAUGUGCCUGCACCACCAUGAGGGAGGCUAUGUGACUGCUUCCUGGUCCCCUGUGUCACUUUUGCUGCCCGUGGGCAUCCUUGCUAGAGAGGGGUCGGCCACCAGCCCUAACCCUCUUAAGCACUUUCUCCUGUCUCUGCUUUGCAUCCCUCUCCCCCUGCAGGCUUCGGCCUCACAUCUCCGAGUUCCCUGAGACUAAUGCAUCUGUCUUGCCACGCUGAAAAGCCCCCCUCCCACCCGUGGGGUCACCAGGGUCCCUUUCCUAGACACUCCAUGGCUGUGAAUGGUCACUGGAGGGCUGAGGUCAAGGACGUGCACGAACACAGAAAUGGUCACACACAUUCUAAUGGUCUCAGUUAAAUGUUGCAGGUGUGCUGGGCAAAAUGCUAGUUUGCUAUAGAAGCGCCUAAAAAAAGACUCAGGAAUCGUCGUGAACCUCAGGCCAAGCCUGCGAUGCGGCGUGAAGUGGGGGUCAGAUGGUGUCCUCUCUCCGAGGGGAGAGGGCACCUGUUCUCCUAUAAAUGUGUGGGAGCUUGAAAGGCUGGAAACAGCCGUGGCUGAGCCCCAGACUCUCAGAGCACAAUUGGCCUCUGUAAAUCAAUGGGGAUUGUUUACCUGUUCGAAGCUGACUCGGCUCGCAGUGCCCAGGCCUCUCCUCGGUGUGGACAGUGAUCUCCCCGACCACACCCCAGCAUCCGCAGCGCCUGCAGAGCAGUCCUGGGGUUCUCUUGGUUUUCAAGCACUUAGUGUAAUGCUAACCUUCGAGUUUGCUUGGGAGAGUAAAUGGCAUCAUGAAUGCCAGAAGUGUCACACAAUACCUGGCACACAGUAGGUGCUCAGUAAGUGUGGCUUCUCAAUCACCCAACUGAUGUUUCCCCCCAAACCUCAUCCUGAAAUACCAGGGCAUUGGAAGAGACAGGUGGUGGGUGUUACCCAUGCCCUUCAAUGGUCCCGGGCAGGGAUGCCAGGUCUCAGAAAGACGACCCCUCCCCAGCUGUGGUAAGGUGAGGCUCAGCCUUAGGGAACUGGGGAGCCCUGGCAAGGCCACCCCUGCCCCCAAGGCCCUCACAGUAGCAGGACUCCCCUCAUCCAGGCCCUGAGGUGAGAACUCAGUCUAUCAGUGGGGCCGACAGGGCUGGUCCAGCUGGGUGAGUGCCCUUGGUCAGGGCAGGGCCAGGCAGAGAUGCUCGGCCACUAGAGCGUCCCUGUGCCCACCUCCUGUCCCUCUCUCCUGAUCACUGAUCUCGCACCAGGGUCCGCUCUACAGACUUAGCGCAUGCUUCAUCUGGUUGAUUACUCUCCAAGUUACUGACCUUAGGAAAAUGCCUCAAUUGUAAAAAGGCUUUCUCUGUGUAAAUGAUGCUGUUACCUUUUUCUAUACACAAAGUAUAUAUACCUAUAAAUAUUAUACAUAUAUAUUAUAUAAAGACUGAUUCUUGUACAGACCUCUAAGGACCGAUGGUCCACCCUGUCUCCAUGUCUGUCUGUGCCGACCGUCGCAGAGUGAGCUGAUGUAUGAAAUCCAUUUCACAUUUCCCUUCUGGGGCCGCUUCUUUCCUUUUCCUUUCUAACUCUGUCUGGGUCUUUGUCUCUCUUUCUCUCUCACUUGUUGCCAAUGUCUCGCUGCUGAGAAAAGAUAUUUGAAUCAAUGCCAUCCAGGAAAGGAGAGCCGGAUGGAGGGAGGGAGGGUCCACUGUGUAUAUUUGUACAGAAUCAUUUAUAAAGUUUUCUACACUUCUCAAAAAAGUAUUUCUAUCUUGGGCUGUUGGACAGUUUGUGAGCCUCUGAGCCGGCAAGCCUAUUGUUUCUUGUGUUUAGUGCAAUGUUUAGUGAGAAUCCAAUAUCUGAAUUAUUUAUGCCAAUAAAGAAUUUGAGAAUCACUGCA